AAGAAGUAUUUCAAAAGAGAGGAUGAACAAAUGGAAAAUCUAAUGAAAGAGAUUACAUUUAUUUUCCAAGAGCUUCCCAAAGACAAGGAUACGCAAAAGACUGUGAUUAACAAAGCCUAUCAGUGCAUCACCCUUCUGUACCUCCAACACCUGGUGCAGAGUAACCAUGGGAAGCUGGUGAAGAGAUGGGAUUAUGUGAACAAAAGAGUGAUGCAUGAUGCCGAACUCCUUCACUCCAUCUUCUCAGUCCUGAAUCCUGAUGUUAAACAGUGGAACAUGAUACUGAUUAAAGUGAGAGAAGUGCUGGAGUGCAGCGACAUUGAAAGUCUCAAGAUAAUAGUCAGUGAGAUACUGAGGGACAACGCCAAUACAAGUGCUGCUGAGCACCUUCCAGCCCUGCUGCGCUGGAAGGGAGGCCUGUCAUGGAGACUGACCCGGGAGGUUCUGGAGGCAAGCCAGGAAGUGUACCCCAUUGACCUCUCCCAAACCAGGUCUGCACCCUGGUUUGACUGCCUUCUUUGCUGCUGAGUGUGUGAACUGGGACGUUUCAGGCAAAGGACAAUAACGACCCCACUCUAACAACAUGACCCUCAAGUUCUCAACCGACAACACAAUAUUUGGGAACUAUGUUUACAUGUCUUCGUCAACUUUUUAAAGGUAUUAUAUGGCAAGUUAUUAUUUAAUGUCUUAAAGAAGAAAAUAAAUAUGUGUCUGAAAUUGGAAUUAAAACUGCCUAAUGUUUUUCAUUUUGAGGUCAAGUGAUUUUAA